AUGAAUGCGCAAUCGUUUCGCGAGGAAGACCGCAAUCAAAAUGACUGCAAUAGAUUCAAUGAGAAUGUCUUCACUUAUUACGUCGGACCCUCGAAGAAACCUUUCGUUGUCCAUGCAGAUAUUGUUUCUUCACAUUCAAGAGUAUUUCGCCAACUCGUAGAAGGGCCGUUCAAAGAGGGUGACGAAAGAUACGCAGAGCUUCCAGAAGUCGAUCCAGGGACCUUCGAGCAUUUCCUUGCGUACGCCUACCUCUCGUCGAACGACACGCCAGGCAACGAAACAAGCACGCACAUUCCAUCGACAAAACGAACGUCAACAAGCAGGCUUAUCGAACUUCUACUGGCGAGAGAGCAUAAGAAGUUCAGUUGCAAGAGCUGUUGCAGAACAUCGGAGCUGAGAUUCUCCCUCACAUUCCCCCAAUGUGGCGAAUGCAACCAGGACGUAUUUCGGAGCCUAAGGUGGCAAGCUCACUGCAUAGUAUCUGGUUGUUCGAGCAAGGGUGAAUACGUACAGGGGCUGUUUUGCAGGGACUGCCUGGAAAACUUGAAAGUUUUCUCCUCCUACAGCGCGCGACUUGCAGAAGGUGGUGCAGAAAAACUACAGCUCAGUCUCCCUGGACACCUGGAUGAGCUUCAAGACUUCCAUUUCAACAUACCCACUCGCGUGAAAGACAUCCUAGAAGUUAUGGAGAACAUGAUCCCCUUCCCACGUCUGGCGACUGCUAAUCUACUCGACACAGCCAGACUGGCAGUCUUCGCGGACGUCUAUGAGGUCAGAGCAUUGUUGCAAUCUGCCUUGAUGAUGAUAUACCGGAAACUGACCCAAGAACCACUGGACGAGGAAAGCAUUACUGCCAUCUGCGAGGUCACCGAAUAUGUGUACAACAGUACCCCCAACCGUCCCACGUCUGCCAAAAGCCCGCAUAUACUCCGAAGAAUUCUGUCUCAGUUCCUCGCGACCCACCGCGAUAGGUUCAUAAGUUCGGGGACCUUCAUGCAGCUUCUCAGCCAAGAAGGAGAGCUGGCUGGAGAUAUACUGUUGGCACUAUCAGUAGUGAUGUGA